AUGAAAUUGGGACUCUCUGAGAACCUGUCCACAUUGGUGGCCCGGCGCUGGAAGGCUGCCAAAGAUGGCGGACAUCUUGUCUUUUCUCCCACGCAGCUCUCGAUCAUAACCACGGGAGGCAUUCCGCAAACGGUCACACAAAAUCUAACAAGCCUCGGUCCCUUGAAGUACCAGCUUAGAUUCUGCCCAGCUUUGGCAAUGAAACCCCAAGACUCCAAAAACAACACCUCUGCGCAACCGAAACCGAAGAAAGUCGAUCCGUUCGAGAACCCAUCGCCAGAUCUAUUAAUCGCGAGCUUUCCCCCUCGAGACCCGACGCAUGCCCUCAUCCUCAACAAGUUCCCCGUCAUCCCUGAUCAUUUCAUUCUCUCCACGAGAGCUUGGAAAGCUCAAACCGAUAUAUUGGAGACUGCCGACCUCGCAGCCACGCACGAAUGUCUCCGCGCCUGGGGAGACAAGUCGGCCUCAAGCCAAAACCGUCCAGAUUCAUCGUCAACCUCGACCGACCGCCUGUUCGCAUUCUUCAACUCGGGUGAAGAAAGCGGCGCCAGUCAAUCCCAUCGACAUAUUCAGUUUCUCCCGGUAGAGGCAAUGCGCUCGUCAGCCGGUGAUUCUUGGAAACCUCUCAUCGACUUUGUUACCUCUCAACCUCGUAAUCGAUCGACAUUCCAAUCCCACCCGAGCCUGCCAUUUACGCACUUUGCACUGCCGCUUCCACCAAACCCUGCCCCCGAAACGCUACAUUCAAUCUAUACCACCUUAUAUCGCGCUGCUGUGGGUGCCGUCCAGGGACUCGACCCUCGCGAUGGUCUCCCAUCUGUUGCGGACCACGGGCCAUCUGCCAUCAGUUAUAAUCUUGCCAUGACAUUGGAGACGAUGAUGAUUGUACCGCGCCGAUCGGAAACCGCCCAUGUGCCGGUCGAUGUGUCAGCUGCUGGGGACAUUGCAGAUCCGGGACUCGUUUCGCUGAACGGAACCAUCUUGGCCGGUACAUUGAUGGUCAAGGCGGAAGCAGAGUGGGAUGUGUUGAGAGCGCAGCCGGACGUUCUCGGGCGCAUUCUGAGGGAUGUUGGCGUGCCUGGGCCGGGGCAUGCUUCUCUGUAA